CAUGGUGAGCGGGGCCGCCGUCCCCACGCGGGGAGGAGCCGCGGGAGCCCGAGAUGCAGUGACCUAUGAGGAUGUGCAUGUGAACUUCACUCUUGAAGAGUGGGCUUUAUUGGAUCCUUCCCAGAAGAGUCUCUACAAAGACGUGAUGCUGGAAACCUACUGGAACCUCACUGCUAUAGGCUACAAACUGGAAGACCACAAUAUUGAAGGACAUUAUCAAAACUCUAGAAGACAUGAAAGGUAA